UCUUUAAAGUAUAUUUAAGGGACAACUUAUUCAUCCAGACCAGACCAAUUUCAAUAAAACACCAGUCUCAGGACGCAGAACAAUAAGCCACCAAGAGCCUUUCCAGCUUGGGCCCGGCAAAAUGGCUCCCACAAAGAAGGGUGGCAAGAAUAAGAAGGGCCGUUCUGCCAUCAACGAGGUGGUGACCCGAGAAUACACCAUCAACAUUCACAAGCGCAUCCAUGGUGUGGGCUUCAAGAAGCGUGCUCCUAGGGCACUCAAAGAAAUCCGGAAAUUUGCCAUGAAGGAGAUGGGGACUCCAGAUGUGCAGAUUGAUACCAGGCUCAAUAAAGCCAUCUGGGCCAAAGGAAUAAGGAAUGUUCCAUAUCAUAUCCGGGUACGUUUGUCCAGAAAACGUAAUGAGGAUGAGGACUCACCAAACAAACUCUACACAUUGGUAACUUACGUGCCUGUUACCACAUUCAAAAAUCUACAGACAGUCAAUGUGGAUGAGAACUAACCUACUGAAUCUCAAAUAAAGUUG